UGUGGAGGCGGGCUGCUGCUCUUCCCCCGUCAGGGGAGGCCUGGGUGGGAAGCGGCGAGGCGGGACCUCUCCCUGCUCGACCCUUCCGUCGCACCCGCGGAAGCCCGAGUUUGGGGGCGGGAAGGGUUGGCUGGGAGGGGAGUCUUCGCGCUGCUCCCCUCGCCCCUCGCCGUGGCCUCGGGUCCGCACCUGCCCAAAAUAGCAAGGAAGUUGAAACGUUCAGUGGCUACCCAGGAAGCAGCACCUAGAAAUCCCCUUGAAAGACGGAUCUUUGAGGAAUUUAGCCAGUGUUUUGUGUCGAGGGUGCCCCCCCCCCGCCUUUUAAAACAAUUCAUAAGUAAAACUGACGGUUGAAAGUUCCCAAAAGUCACACAGCUAUCCGUGGAGAAGGAGGAUGCCCACUGUCUCUGUGCAGGCUUGGCUGUCCUCAGCCCGUGUUUCCUUCGAACCAGCAUCUGCUGCUUGCCCAUGUCUGCUUCACAAUAUAGAGAUGCGCAGAACCGCCCAUCCUUAGAGGAGGCUGCCUGUUGCAUCUCUGCAGGAGUUGCUGUGCCUUCCUUUCCUCCUUCCAGUCCUUUGGCUGGCCUGGAACAGUGACUUUUUGUAGAAACCAAGCAACCACACCCUUCUUUUCUUGGACAGCAUGAUAUGCCUUUUGACUCUGUCAGAUUCUAGCCACCCUGGGACUUUUUCCACUUGAAGAUAUUAUGGAUCAUGAGGCCCCAACUAUCAGGCCUCGUCGGAUCCAGAACCAGAACGUCAUCUACCGUCUAGAACGUCGAAGGAUCACCUCUGGCAAGACUGGCACCCACUGGCACCAGGUGCGCAUCUUCCACCAAAAUGUCUUCCCCAAUUUUACCGUGGUCAAUGUUGAAAAACCACCCUGCUUCUUACGGAAGUUCUCCCCUGAUGGAAGGUACUUCAUUGCCUUCUCCUCAGAUCAGACUUCACUGGAGAUCUAUGAGUAUCAAGGGUGCCAGGCAGCAGAGGACCUCCUCCAGGGCUACGAUGGGGAGAUCUUGGCUAACGGCAAUGACCAGCGGUCCAUCAACAUCCGUGGGCGACUCUUUGAACGUUUUUUUGUUCUCCUUCACAUUACCAACGUGGCCUCUAAUGGCGAGCACUUGAACCGUGAAUGUAGCUUGUUCACAGAUGACUGUCGCUAUGUCAUUGUUGGCUCUGCUGCCUAUUUGCCUGAGGAGCCCCACCCUCCCUUUUUUGAGGUUUACCGCAACAGUGAAUCAGUGACACCUAACCCCAGGUCACCUUUGGAAGAUUACUCUUUGCACAUCAUAGACCUUCACACAGGCAGGCUUUGUGAUACCAGGACGUUCAAAUGUGAUAAAGUCAUAUUGUCCCACAACCAAGGGCUCUACCUAUAUAAAAAUAUCCUGGCCAUUCUGUCUGUACAGCAGCAAACCAUCCAUGUAUUUCAGGUAACACCUGAGGGCACCUUUAUUGAUGUACGAACCAUAGGCCGCUUUUGCUAUGAAGAUGACCUCCUCACACUUUCUGCUGUCUAUCCAGAGGUUCAGAGGGAUUCUCAAACAGGCAUGGCAAACCCAUACAAAGAACCAUUCAUAAAUUCUCUGAAGCACAGGCUGCUGGUCUACUUGUGGCGAAGGGCAGAACAGGAUGGGAGUGCUAUAGCUAAAAGGAGGUUCUUCCAGUAUUUUGACCAGCUGAGGCAGCUGCGCAUGUGGAAGAUGCAGCUCUUGGAUGAGAACCAUCUCUUCAUCAAAUACACAAGUGAAGACGUGGUCACGUUACGGGUGACGGACCCUUCACAGCCUUCGUUUUUUGUUGUGUACAACAUGGUGACCACCGAGGUGAUUGCUGUAUUUGAGAACACGUCGGACGAGCUGCUGGAACUCUUCGAGAACUUCUGCGACCUUUUCCGGAAUGCCACACUGCACAGCGAGGCGGUCCAGUUCCCCUGCUCGGCCUCAAGCAACAAUUUCGCCAGGCAAAUCCAACGCCGAUUCAAGGACACCAUUGUGAAUGCAAAGUACGGUGGGCACACGGAAGCCGUGCGGCGGCUGCUGGGGCAGCUUCCCAUCAGCGCUCAGUCCUACAGUGGCAGCCCCUACCUCGACCUCUCCCUCUUCAGUUACGACGACAAGUGGGUGUCUGUCAUGGAGCGCCCCAAGACGUGUGGGGACCACCCUAUCAGGUUCUAUGCCCGAGAUUCUGGGCUUCUAAAGUUUGAAAUCCAAGCGGGACUCCUGGGCCGGCCCAUCAAUCACACCGUCCGACGCCUGGUUGCAUUCACCUUCCACCCUUUCGAGCCCUUUGCUAUUUCGGUGCAGCGGACUAAUGCAGAAUAUGUUGUAAACUUCCAUAUGAGACACAGCUGCACGUAGCACGCUUUCCCCUUAUGGUCGCCAUGGGCACUGAGUGUACGCAUUUUGUCAGAGGCACACCAAAGCUGAACAUUCAUGCUCUAGGAAACCAAACAGCUUUAGAGGAGUGAUGUGCAUCUCAUCUAACAGUGUGCGGCUUUGAUGCGUUGCCUGAGUACAGAUGAAGUCAUCGUAGUUUUCCUCAUGUUUCUCAGACUUUCAGCCCUUCUGCCAUUCUCAAUAAGCAAACAGAUUAUAUUGUAAAUUACUUCUGCUCCAAUAAUGCCUCACAUUGUUUUGUUUUUUAAAAAGAUUGGCAUUGCUACGUGAGCAAAAUACAACAGAGGAACCAUUUCCUUUUAACACCAAAGAUUUUAGUCUUUCCUUCUCUCCCUCUUCCCACACUGCAGUCUUGUAACAGUGGGAUCAGAGUUCAUCGCUUCAGAGUAGAGGUGUAAAAUUUAUGGAAAUGUUAAAGCUCUGGAAAAAUGUAAUGUGUGUGUUGUUUUUCAGGGAGAGGGUGGCGUAAUUUUUGAGGACAUUUGAAAUAUAUGCAAUAUUUAUUUUCUUAUGAAACCCAAAUGUAUUUUUACUGCUUUAACAACAUAAAAUGCAUAAUUCGCAACUUGGCACACAAAGCUAUAUCAUGUGGCGUAUUUAUGAAAUUGAUAGGACAGCCCUAUGCAUAUUUAUUCAGAAGUAUAUGUCCCACUCUUUAGUGAUGCUAACUCCCAGGUAAACAAAGCGUAGGAUCACAGACUCAAAAGUAUAAAAAUGCCUUAGUUUUGUGCAAGCAAAGUUGCAAGUAUACCCAAUUCUAGAGAGAGAUGCAAACUGCUGUACAUGUAUCUUACUUUUUGCCACCUGAGAAGUGGGGGGGGGGGGAUAAAAGUUGAAAAUAAGAACCACAAAUUUUGUAGUAAAGUAAACAAAAUAAAGUGUAUGGUCCUCUCAUGAAGAUAGCAGCACCCUCUAGGUGCAGAAAUGCUUCUAGAUUUGAGUGUUGUCAUUUAUCACUACAGUAUAUGUUAGGUUUGGACUACAACUCCCAUCAACCCUGACCAUUGCCAGUGCCAGCUAGGGUGCUGAGAGUCUGAAGGCCCACAAAUUUCCCAUCCCUGCUGUAGAUUGGCUUACCCAUAAAUAUUUAAAACCUUGCCUUAAAAAGCAUUUCAUUAAUUUUUUAAAAAAGGAACACAUUUCAAUGGAGCUGCUUUUCAGGGUUCCUCAAAAUGUCCUGUUCUUCUGUGUGAAAAAAUAAGUUCUCAAGGGAGAAAAAAAUCCCUGUUCCCCUUCUUCCCAUCCCACUCCAAUAUUUCCAUUCUCCCCCUUGUUUUUCCUCAGCCUUCACAUCUCUAGGGUCUUUCUGCUCUAGUCAAGAAUUUAUUUGUUUUUCAGAAAGAAAAAGAGAAGUUUAUCUUCCUGCUUUUUAUCUUCCUGCUACCCACGUUCUGUUCUCCCUUUGCCAUAAUGCUGCCUAAAUCUGCCCACCCAAAGGGAGUAAACAAGGAGUAUUCUCUUUGCAAGCCAGUUUGUGGUAUUUCCCCCCCACAAUUAAAUAGUAUAUAAUAUUUUUGGAAAUAAAACAUUAAAGGGGAGGGACAUGCCUUGCGGCGCUGAGGUGAGAUUUAAUUUUGCAAAUAACUGGAAACGCAAAAGGUAGGCCUUCCAUGUUGUUUCAGCUGCAUAGUGGCUGUCCGUGUCUAUCACAGGCACAAAGGGAUGGCCUUGUUAACUUGCACUGGUCACUGGAGACCACAGUACAGACAUGGCCCAGCCUGAUCCAUUGGUCAAGACAAAGAGCCAUCUUCCCUCCAGCCACAUUGAAUGAUCGGCACAUUUUUGGACACCCACCCAAAAUUCACAGCUCCGUAAUGUAGGUCUCGGUCGAGCUGUCUGAGGAUCAGCCUUGGUGGUAUCUUGCCAGUUCUCAUCAGGAAGCAAAGCCUUUAACGGAGUAUCUUUUGGGGGCAUUGCCAAUGGGGGGGGGGAGCACUGUGCAUCUCACUCUCUCAUUGCACUUUCCCACUGCUGUGAGUAGGUGCAACAACUGUGCACAUUUGGACCUUGGUUGGUCUGGGCGAAUUCCCAUGAGAUCUAAAUGAGCGUCACUGAGCAAUAUCUUAACUCUGACCUAGAAACCUGCCUUGUACCAAGUCAGACCAUUGGUCCACCUAGCCGAGUAUUGUCUACAGUGACAGGCAGUGGUUCUGCUUGGUGUCAGGCAGGGUUCUCUCCCAGGCUGACCUGGAUAUGCUUUCAAUUGAACGUGGGACCUUCUGCAUGCAAAGCUGAUGCUCUGCCACUGAGCUAUGACCCUUAUUUGCAAUAGGUAACUUUCGGCUGCCUUGGUCCUGGAAGGUCCUUUUGAGCAGGGUCACCUGCCUCGUUCACUGUUCAUUCAGUCUCACUCUGUUCACUUCACCCCAAAAGCUGCUUAGCUUUAGAAGAUUCUCUGUGCUUCUGUGGAACAAAGUGACUUGCAAUUGACAUCCUUGGGCCUUAGUUUCCGGAGACAAAGAAUGAAUGUGUCUAGCAUCCCUGUUUUCAGAAGCCCACAAGCAGGACCAGAGCACAACAGCUCUCGGCAGUAUUCAGAGGCAUACUGCCUCCAGUAGUGGAGGUAGAACAUAACCAUUUUGGCUAGCAACCAUUGAUAGAUUUAUCUUACUGAAAAGUGCUGCAAAUAAGACCUGGCAUAGCUCAGUUGGUAGAGCAUGAGACUCUUAAUCUCAAGGUCGUGGGUUUGAACCCCACAUUGAGCAAAUGAUUCCUGCAUUGCAGGGUGUUGGACUAGAUGACCUUUGUGGUGCCUUCCAAUUCUAUGAUCCUGUGUUCACAGCUAUGAAGUAUUGGGAGUGUAUGCUAAAGGGAGGUGGGCAUCACAGUGCAGCAGGGCAGAGCCUAUCACUGUAUUAUCUGCAACAAUGUAUGUUCUUCCUCCCCUUUGAUGUCUUUAGGAAACCCAAACGGAUAAUAUUUACACCUGAUAUUUUUGUUUCCAUCAGGGAUAGGGUGUGAAUUUGUUACCUGUGCGACGUUAAAAGCAAAAUAAACUGGAAUUCUAUUUUUUAA